AUGUAUUUACAUACCACAGUCCUCCCAGCUGGUCUGACUGUGAGUCCCAGCCGAUCUCAGUUCUUUCAGUUUGAAUCUGUGUCUCUGAGCUGUGAGGAAAACAACAGCUCUGCUGGAUGGACUGUAUGGAGGAACACAACCAGAGGAACCAGGACUCAGUGUAGAGAUGGAUGGGGGAAACCAGCUGGAUCUACCUGUAAGAUCAAAAACUUGAUCCAAUCAGACAGUGGAGUUUACUGGUGUUCGUCCAGAGAGGGAGCAGCCAGCAGCAGCAUCCAGCUCACUGUCACUGGUGGAUCAGUGAUCCUGCAGAGUCCUGUCCUCCCUGUGAUGGAGGGAGAUGACGUCAUUCUGAGCUGUCUAACAAAGACCACUCCCUCCAACCUCCCAGCUGCUUUCUAUAAAGAUGGCUCCCUCAUCAGGACUGAGCCCAAAGGUCACAUGACCCUCCACCAUGUGACCAGCUCUGAUGAAGGCCUCUACAGGUGUUACAUCAGGGGUCAUGGAGAGUCUCCAUCCAGCUGGAUCUCUGUUGAAGAUAAACCACCAAACCCUGACCCCACCAGAAAUACUCCUCCUCUGUCUCUCUUUUCUUCUCCUCCUCCUCUUCCUCCACCUUCCCAGUCUCUUUUCUAUCUGCUCCUUUCUCUUCCAUCCAUCAUUGUUGUGGUUCCACUGCUGCUGGUUCUGGUUCUGAUGGUGAGACGAUGUGUUCGCAGAAGGUCUGAGGGUGAGACAGGCUUCUAUGGCUACAUGCAUAACUUGUUCUCUGCAGGAAUUAAUACAAUAAAAUCUGAUUAUGUUGGAUUUUCACAUGUUUUACAGCUAACGUCUGAAACUGUUUCAUUUCAUAAAUGUAUUUUAUUUAAUUAA